AUGGCUGGCCGAUCACACACCGCGCCCUUCGAGCCGAGCAACAACGCAACAACGCAAUCACGCAACGCCGUCCGUACUCUUGUUCUGCGCCUCUGGUUCUGGGCUCGUGGUCGGACUGGACUGCGCCAUGAUGUUAAGAAGAAGAAGAAGAAGAAGGAGAAGGAGAAGGAGAAGAAAAAGAAGAAGAAAAAGAAGAAAAAGAAGAAGAAUAAGAAGAAGAAGAAAUGCCCUGCGCAGCGUCAGAUCGUAGAAUAA